CAAGUUGCCUACAGUUUACAGAUCAGGUUUCUCUCUCUCUCUCUCAUCUUUUAAGGAUAUGGGCCAAGUUGCUUACAGUUUACAGAUCAUGUUUCUCUGUCUUAUUUUUAAACUGAGAUACAAUGAAACAAAACAACAUACAGUAGUUCUCAAUUCUCUCAUAUAUAUUUAGAGGUGCUGACGAGGAUCGGUAACAAUGUAGCUUAUGCUUAAUCCUUUUAAAACAUCUUAAUUAGUAAUAAUUUAUUUAUUAAAAAAGAAAAAAAAAAGUUGCUAAAAUUAGGAGAAAAGGCUGCCUAAAACGUCGGGUUAUUCUAAAGGUCAAUGCCUAAACAGCUAAACCCAAAAUCAAAAAAGCAUCAAACGAAAAGAAUAAAAAUUCAAAAAAUAAAAAAGAGAGAAAAAAAACACAGAGAAAAAUCGAACAUCCCAAAUAUGGAAUUCAGACAGUAGAUUUGUCAUCUCCCUCGUAAAUCCAUCCAACCGGAGUUACGAUCUCUCCCCCUGUAUCGUAACUCCUCUCCGAUCUCGAUCUCGGUCUUGUUCUUCCUCGACACAAAAGGGAAGGAGGAAUAUUAGCAAGUUUUGAUCUGUUGGGUGUUGUUAAAUAAAGUAUCUUUCUUUAUGGUAUCGGAAACUAUAUUACGGAUGAUAGCACCAUGUUGGAAACGACCUUCUGUGAAAGGAGAACAUUCUACGAGAGGAGACGCUAACGGAAGAUGCGAUGGUCUUCUUUGGUAUAAAGAUUCUGGUAACCAUGUCGCUGGAGAUUUCUCAAUGUCUGUGAUCCAAGCUAACAAUCUUCUCGAAGAUCAUAGCAAACUCGAGUCAGGACCCGUUAGUAUGUUCGAUUCGGGUCCUCAAGCUACUUUCGUCGGUGUUUAUGAUGGUCAUGGAGGUCCUGAAGCAGCUCGGUUUGUCAAUAAACACCUCUUCGAUAACAUCCGAAAGUUUACGUCGGAGAAUCAUGGAAUGUCUGCAUCUGUUAUAACGAAAGCGUUUUUAGCUACGGAAGAGGAGUUUCUUUCUCUUGUGCGGCGGCAGUGGCAGACGAAGCCUCAGAUUGCUUCUGUUGGAGCGUGUUGUCUCGUAGGGAUCAUAUGUAGUGGGUCGUUGUACAUUGCUAACGCGGGGGAUUCUCGGGUUGUGUUAGGGAGACUGGAGAAAGCGUUUAAAGCUGUCAAAGCUGUUCAGCUGUCGUCAGAGCAUAAUGCAAGUCUUGAAUCUGUGAGAGAGGAGUUGCGGCUGUUGCAUCCUGAUGAUCCUCAGAUUGUUGUCUUGAAGCACAAAGUGUGGCGUGUCAAAGGUAUUAUACAGGUCUCACGAUCAAUUGGUGAUGCCUACUUAAAGAGAUCAGAGUUCAACCGGGAGCCGUUAUUAGCAAAGUUCAGGGUGCCUGAGGCUUUUCAAACGCCGAUCCUUAGAGCAGAACCUGCGAUUUCAGUACACAAAAUACAUCCAGAGGAUCAGUUUCUUAUAUUUGCAUCAGACGGCUUGUGGGAGCACUUGAGCAAUCAGGAAGCUGUUGACAUUGUGAACACUAACCCUCGUAAUGGGAUUGCGAGGAAGCUGAUAAAAACAGCUCUAAGAGAAGCAGCAAAGAAGAGAGAGAUGAGAUAUUCAGACCUAAAAAAGAUUGAUAGAGGAGUGAGGAGACAUUUUCAUGAUGAUAUAACAGUCAUUGUCGUGUUUCUUGAUUCACAUCUCGUCAGUAAAAGUGUGUCACGACGACCUCUCAUCUCCAUCUCAGGCGGUGGUGACUUGGCUGGUGGACCUUCUUCUACCACUUGACACACUCUCACCACAAUCUAUAUAUAUUCUAUUUACAUAUCCACUUUAUAUAUAUAACACAUUGCAGAGAAACACUUCAAGCUCCUUUUUUCUUUAUAUAUAACAAAAUUUCAUUUUAAUUCAUUUCCAAACAAAAUGAUGAGUUGAGACACAAAUGUAUAGGUCUCUUGGCAAACUGAGUUUAUUAAUUAUUACGAUAAAGAGAUUUAUCAUUUGUUGGAAAGAUUUGAUUUACUGACUG